GCUGUCAGGUAGCUCUUAGUGGCAGGAAAACAACCCUGCACUGGAGAAGAAUGGCUGAGGCCGGAGCCCUGCUCUUCUCUGCUUAGGAGUUACCUUAAAAUCCUGCGUGGGGACGUGUGUGGGAUGACGACUUGAGUGCCCGAGCCCGUUGCCCUGCCAGCUUUGUGCAGCGCGUUUGUUUUGCAAGCGCCAAACUUGAAACCACAGCACCAGCGGUGCCGGAAUCUCCGGAGGAUGGAGAGAGCAUCAUGUUCUCAUCCAACGCUGCCUUUUCCACUCCCGCCUCUGCCGAAGCGAGAGCCCAGUGGGCACGCGAGAGCCCCGAAACUGCCGUGCACAGAGGAAGAUGAUGGACGGAUCGCCGGCUGAAUCCCAAAGCAGCUCCAAGGAAGACAGCUGUCCUCAGCCCGGUGCCCAGAUUCGAUUUCCGCUGUGGUCUGCCAGCACUUCUUCUGCAGCCCUUAGAAAUAAAUCCUCAUCUGCGAGAACUGGCCGGCUUGGCGGUCAGCCACCAGCAAUGCACUUCUGGCCCCAAAACACCGAGUGCCUCAUCCAGGAGGGUCCUGAUGCAGAGGACAACUCACCUAUGAUGUCCUCAGCCCAUCAAGGUGACGCCGUGGUUCCUGCAUCUCUCCAGUCAUCCUCUAAUGUCGGCCCAUCCAAGGACUUCAUUCGCUGCCUGCCACUUCAACUGUCCAUGUACAUCCUGGGGUUUUUGGAUCAAAAAUCCCUCCAUGCAUGUGCUGCCGUGAGUAGAUGCUGGGCUUUUAUGGCUGAAGAAGUCAAGAGGGAACGUGUGUGUAAAAGGAUGACACAGGAGAAGAUCUUGUAUUUGCAGGGGUCGUCCCCAAGAGGAGCGGUUUCAAACUAUGCUAAAACAGUCAACGUGACAAUUCCACAGUUAAACGAAGAGGGUGAUGUCAUCAAAGAGCAAGGCCAUGAUCGGGAAAGUAUAACAAAGGAGGAAGACAAUCUGCAGGCCGUCUAUCGCGACCUGCAAACCGACACGAUUCAGUUGGAAGAGAGAAAUGUCUUUUGUGGCUCCUACAAUAUUCGUGUCCUGACAGACCGCCCAGACCGAAGCAGAAUAAUCCAUUACAGUGGUGGAAACUUGGUAGCCGUUGGCUCUGCAGACCGAAAAGUGAGGCUUCUGGACAUGUCGGGAAUGAAAGAAGUGCCACCUCUUCUUUCCGGCCAUGCUGGGAGCAUCAAAGCACUCUUCCUCCAUGAGCAGAAAGGGUUCAUUCUCAGCGCAAGCUUUGAUCUCAGCAUCAGGUGCUGGAAUAUACGCAGUGGUGCUUGUAUGAAAGUCUUUAACGGGCACUGCGGGACGAUCACCUGCUUGGAUUUCCAUGAGGAGCAGUUUGUGUCAGGAGCCAGAGACGGGAUGGUAAAAGUGUGGAGCCUGGAGAGUGGGAAAUGCCUCAAGACUCUGAAGCACGGCGGGGGUGUUUGGGUGGUUAAAACGGAUGGUGCCCGUGUCGUCAGCGGGUGCGACCGAGGGCUGGCGAAGGUCUGGUGUGCCGAGACCGGCACUCUCAUCAAAACCUUGGAGGGGCACCAAGGCCCGGUGAAGUGCUUGUCCUUUGAUCAGUGGCACCUCGUCACAGGAAGCACCGACGGAUACGCCCUGGGAUGGAGCAUGUUGGGAAACCUGAAGAGAUGCCUGAUAGCUUUCCGCCACCCUAAGGAAGUUCUGUCUCUGGAGUUCCUCUAUCUGCGAGUCAUCAGCGGCUGUGCCGAUGGCAAGAUUCGGGUAUUUAAUUUCCUGACUGGGACCUGCCUGAAAGUGCUGAUGGCCAACAGCAGAGGGGACCCCAUAUCUUCUUUCUGUGUUGCAGAAAACAGGCUGGUGAUCAAUUCACCAACCGGUCUGUUGCUGUUCCAGUUUGAGGAGGUCAGGUGGGACUAUACCUUAGACACUGACCGGGAGAUGGUGAGGAAGAAAAACCAACACAACGGGACUUCAGCCAGAGCACCGCUCCCCCUCCAGCCACCCGAACGCCCCAGCCUCGGCCAGAUGCACCCACUUGCUCUGCAGACACCAGCACUCUGCUAUGAACUGAUGGAAUCAGCAGCUUGCCAGCAGCUUUUUCUCGAGAUGGAAAAGACUUUUCGUCUUCCGGCAGAGCAGCAGAAAAAGCUUUUCAUCCCUGGCAGCCCAGAGCUCCACGCCUUCGCCUUGGGAAAGCCAGCGAGAGCGCUGUCUGCAAGAAUCCGAGCAGAUACCACCGAUGGCAAAUGUGAAUAUGGCCCUUCUCUCUAUGCGCCUGCACAUCCUGACGGGGCAGAAGCCGCUUUGCAGCACGAAAAGGGAAGAGACCUAAAUUUUCCAAUGUCCCCUGACAAGUUCUUCUUAGUGGUCAGCAUGCUGCAGAAAGCCUGGAAGGCAGCCCACGUCUGCUCCAGCGUUAAGGACACUGUGAAAGUCAGGGAAGCAUGGGAACCUCCACGGGAACACGGGCAAUGCCGCCCUGAAAAGGUACAACUCCACAAAACCCCUCUGCAACACAAAAAGGAUCAGGCAGUCCAGCUCCAACGUGUGAGGCUGCACAGCGAUUCUCUGACUAUGAAAAGCAUUUCUACGCCCUUUGAAACCAAAAUGCUGCAGCUCAAGCUGAAAAACUCUUUGCAUGGACCCACUGUGAAUUCCUCCAUCCCUGCUCCUUCUGUCGUACGGCCCAAGACUUGUGGUUUCUCACGGGAAAAAAAAGCUCACGGUGGUCAUGGUAAAGUCAUUCCUCUCCCUGAAGAUGGGGUUCCGCUUAUUGAUCCCUUUACAGCUUCUUCUGACCUGAUCAAUUCAACGCAUGUGAUGAUUGCACAGAUGAAAAAGAACGUGGUUUCACGGAGAAUAAAGCCUUUUUGUCCAUAUGCUGCAGACCCUUCCCCGAGCAGCAGCGGGUUCAGGCUUCUGACAGGAAAACAGAAGGCAGCGUACGAGGCAGCGGCUGUAGCUCAGGAUGAGGAACAGCAGACAAAGCUCACAGAAGAUCAGCAAAGAGCACGCAAGAAAGCCUGGUUAAGGAAGGUUAAAGGCCUCCCUGUAGACUCUUUUACUGGGGAGGGGAAAAUAGCGGCUCCUGAACUUGGGUUUAACACAUUUAUCUGAGGUAAUCCCUCAGUCCAACAAACGACCAGCACCUGAGGAUUCUGGUGUCCAGCUGAGUCUGCCAUGUCAAGAUCCCUGUGGCUUCUAAGUACACAAGACGUCUCCUGUGUAAGUUCUUCUAAGUGAUAUUAUUGGUAUCUUCAGCUGUUUCUCAAGGCAGUGAAUGGAUUGAAUUCCAGGAGAGGACUAUCUUUCUAGACCUGCUGUUUACUACAGACACAGCACGGUUUGACACUAAUAUGGCCCAACUGUGUGUGAAGAAUAAUA